AUGGCUGUAAUUACUUGCAUUGCAAACCUCACCAAGGAGCAGAAGCAUAUGUGUGAUGCUAUUCUCACUACGCUUAUGCAGCGAAACUACCCUCUUAAUGCGCCCACCAUUGAUUCACUUCGAGCCGACCUGUGGGUCAAGGUCUUUGAGAAUGGCUGGACCACCAAGAAGGCCAAUCCAGCUCCUGCCUCUCUUCCCAAGCGCACCAACGACGAGUCUGGUGUAUUUGUUGGCACUCUGAAUGAGGAUGCGCCCAUCAAAACCAAAGGUGGUGCUGUACCUAUUCACCGACGGGCUGGCCAUCCUGUUAUGUUCAAAGCUAGCUUCCAGGCUAAUGGCCAACUGGCUUUCUUCUGGAUCGAUGAGCAAGGCCAGAAGAUCCCUGCUACUUCCGUUGAUCACGAUGGCGACCUUAGCCUAGAAGAGUUAAAGGAAAUUGUCGCCGACCACUAUGACUCCAACGAGCUAGAACGCGUUGGCAAGUGGAACUGGACAACUGUUGUUUAUUGGUGUCGGGCCCGCCUCCUUGCUCUUUGUGGCCAGCAUCAAGACGAUGUCCAGGAAGACCUCUCCGAACUUCAACAGAUUCGUCUUGUCGAGGAGUGGCUGGACGACGCCAAAGAUAACUAG